GAUGGUUGUGCAAUCUUUGGAAGUUGUUCCUCAGCAGCUAAUGGUUUCUCCCAAAGUGGCGAAGAGCUCCGAAUCCAAAAUCGCCUUGGAAAAUGGCGGUGAAGGAGCUGCGGCUAAGAACAAAUCGAGAGAGUCGAAGGAUAUGCCUAUGCAGCGGAGAGCCAGUGCUCGAAUUCAAGCGAAGCAUAAAACAGAGGAGCUUCUUGCACGUAAAAAAACGGAGGUAGAUAAAGAGAAAGUGAAAAGCCACGAGGUGACGGUAAAGUCGAACAAACGCAGUAGAAAAAGUCUCGAUGAGGAGGGUGUGGCUAGAGGAGAGGUUGUUUUGGAGCCACAAAAGAAGAAGCCGGUGGCGCACCAAAAGCUGGAGGAAAAAAAUGAAGAAAGAAAGGUGGAAUCAGGAAAUGUGGUUGGGCUUUCGGUGGAGAAGAGCGACUUUGUUAAGGUUAAAGAGACGAUACGCUUGUUUAAUAAGCAUUAUCUUCUUUGUGUUCAGGAAGAAGCGAAGCGAUGUAGUAAAGCUGAGGCUGAGCGGAAAGCCGCUAGACAGGCAAAAGGGUCAAAAUCAAAGAGAGAUGCUCGACUUAAAGGUUCAAAGACCACUGCCAAGCGACCUGAUCUAAAGGCUGUAUCCAAGCGAUUGAUGCCUGAUAUCUUACCAAUUCAUUUUUUAAUUGAUCAUGAUCCAUCUCUUUGA